AUGGCAGAGGGUUUUUGGCUAUUUGAUGGACUAGAGGAGGAACCGUACGGACUUUUACCGCUGGUGAAUCUCGCUGGAAAAGGUGGCCCGACCAGUACCAAGUAUGUAGACAGAAUUGGCAGCUAUCAGUGGCUACUCAGCGACGACACCCCUACGAUCCUCGUGCCCGGUAUGCCGACUGAGUCGUUCUUUUGGCCAGGAGGAAAAUUACAACAAGACUGUGGAGUCGUUGUCUACGAUAUCAAUCACCUCAAAGUCCCAAAUGGUUCACUGGAUGCGGUUAUCAUAGCCGCUAAGCUCCUCGCCGAUAAAAAACGUAAGCCAAUCGACUUCGGAAAAUACGACUUCAUUACGGAUGCCGUAAAUUUGCAAAAGCUUUUUGCAUUCUGUCAGGUGCGUUACCGAUAA